AGCAGUAGCCUUACCUGACUUACUUGUCUGGAGGACCUAGAGGAAGCAGGAUGUUCUCCUGUUUUCAGGCUUCCAGAGGCUCUCGCCACAAAAAAGCCAAGAGAGGUCGCCUUGUCUGCUUUUGGAGACGUUUGAUUCGCCCUCUGACACACUUCAGGCAUGCUUCCCGCUGGGAACUCGAGGUCUUUUGUGAAAAUGAACAGGAGCCAGACUCUAUGCCCAAUCACCCCAGAUUCAACUACAAGAGUCGAGAAUACGUUCAACAGAUGAUUGACUACAUACCAGCUGCUAUUCAGAACCGCGACCACCUCUGUCUCGACAUUUUUGUUGCUAUGUACCAAACGUAUGCUACCACCUGGGAGGUGCUGGACCUGCUGAUGAAAACGUAUGCAUCCUUCCGGCCAGACUGUGCGGAAGACCAGCAAACUAAGAGUGCCAUAUUCAGCUUUCUGUUCGGCUGGUUUCAGAAAUUCCCCCAGGAUUUUUAUGAGUCCCCAGACCUGGCUGUUUUAAGUCAGUUCACGGAGUACGUGAGGCUCAAUGUGCCUUCCCUAGAUGUAGAUACCCAAGCCAGGGAGCCUCCCUCCAUGUUGGAGGAUCAGGAGGCCAUCUCACUUAAACUUGAGGAAGUGGUACAAUCUACUUAUGUUUUACCCGUGGACUGCAACUUUGAGCCAAACAGGUUGAUCAUGGAAAUGGGACCCUCACAGUCCACCCUGGAAGCAGGGAAAGCAAGCAGCUGGUGUGGCAGAAAGUGGGCAAAUACCUGCAGCGGUGAACAAUAUAAACUAUGUGACUAA